AUGAACUAUGGCUUCUGCCUGACCAAUAAUUCAACGGAUUACCGUGUCGUCAAACUCGGCGUGAAACCCGAUAGUCCGCUCAGCCAGGCCAAGGAGCGUCAAAUGCAGAUGUUCCCCGAGGUGGCCAAGAAUAUUGAAGAUCAUUAUUAUAUUUUUAAUGUCUUCUACCCUCUUUUGGCUCCCAAUACUGCCAUGGAGCACUCGAUCUUUUCACCAGCCCUGUUUAAUGCUCUCGCCAUCAUGCAUGCAAACGAGCGAGAGCGCAAGACCAUGGAGAUCACAGAGUUCAGCAUAUCUAUCCCAACAGCCUACGGAAGCGGACACAGCACGCUAGCAGUACUAUCACAGAUUAGCUUCGAGCUCAUUGCGCACCUCAUGAUCCUCAGGGCUUCCGCCGAGGAUCUGCCUACGCAGCCUGCGAAUUUAAAGCAGACAUUCGCACAAGUGUACCGGCACGGUCAGAUUGCGAUGGAUAAAGCUGCCCUAGUCAUUGCUACAUGGACUCUCGCUCGUGCGCGGGAACAUGUCCGCGGCGAGACUUGGGAUGACGUUAAAAGUUUACUGAACGAGCAUCUGGCCAAGAUCCCCGAGGGUAGUUUCUCCGCAGAGACGCUGUCUCGCAUCCAGUUGCGUAUUCUGGAGCGCGAGUCUCUCGUCAAGAAGAAUGGUGAACUUUUCCGCUUGGGAGAACUCUAUGGCCUGUUGCCUGCAGAGAUGCAAGAUGCUAGCCGAGCGUGUUUCAACCACGUUCUCGAACAAGCUGGCCAGCACAUCCCAAUGCUGCAGACUGACCCGCAGGCGCUAUUCGCCUUGGUUCUGUCUCUUCUGAUUGCAACAAGCCGCUCAUCACAAGCGCGGCCGCAGCUUUCAACCCGUCUCACCCAUUGGGUGGACUUCCUUGUUGAUCAAUAUCCUCCAUCCUCCCUAGCGGCUGAGAGCGGUUCUUCCGAGACUAUGGAGCAGUUGAUCGGGUUUGCUGGUGAAGCUGAAGCGUACAAUUGGGCAGUUCAAGACGGCGCAGUCUGGCUGUCGGAGGAAACUGGAUGGUUGAAUGCAGACUGGUUGCGGUGGGCGGUCAAGGUGGUUGACAUGGAAAUGGUGUUGAUCCCCCUCGAGCCGCUGCAGGUGCUCGAGGCGGAUAAUCCUGGAAUGCCGAAGCUCGGGUGUUUGUAUGUGCCACAGGAGUAG